AUGAGCAGCACAGAUGAAAAGGAAGGCAACCAGGGUCAGUCAGGCAUGCCGCCGUUGGCGCCUACGCAAACGGCCGGCUCGAUCACCAUGACGCCCGAGAUGUUCGAACGCAUGUAUCUUUCUCCGUACGGCGCCGUCAAGGGUGAUCUGAGGAAGACCUUUGGCAACCCAACCCCAUUGGGUUUGGCCGGGUUCCUGCUCGCAUACGCUCCUAUCAUUAUCACCUUCAUGGGAUGGAGAGGCGCUGCUGGAAACGGUGCGGCGACAGUCGGAACGUUCUACUUCUUCGGUGGCUUGCUAGCAAUCCUCGCUGCCAUCGGCGAAUUCAUUCUUGGCAACAGCUUUCCGUCGACGUUUUUUGCAGUGUAUGGUGCUUUCUUUCUUUACUAUGGUGCAACUUUGACUCCAUGGUUCAACGCAGCUGGUGCUUUCGCUGAACAAGACAUGGCCGGAAUGGGCGGCCUAGCAACAGCUGGGUUUCUCUCCUCCAACGCCUACGUCGGAAUCUUCAUGGGAAUCUUCUCCCUCUAUAGCACUAUCUGUGCCUUGCGCACGAACGUGCUCUUCGUCCUAGCUUUUGCUCUCCUCACUAUUGUCUUUCCCGUAUUCUCUGCAGCCCAAUUCUACGGUGCCCAAGGGAAUUUUGAGAAACUCCACAACUAUACCGUCGCCGCAGGGGCCGUAGGUUUCCCAGUCAUCAUUAUCGGAUUAUAUCUACUUCUUGUCUUGAUGCUUAGCACUGUGGACUUCCCGGUCAAUUUACCGGUCGGAGACCUCAGCACAGUAAUCAAGAGUGGAACCGAGUUGAGGAGGGCCAAAGAGAAGGCAAAGACCAACAACAAUGGUGCUUCAUAA